UUAAAAACGAGAUAAAUUGAGUUUUAUGGGACAUCUAAACUGAAGCAGAGAAAACCUUAAUCCAAGACAGAAUUGUGCGACCAGCUUACCAAACACCUACACAUUCUCUCCGCAAAACCGAGUCCAGUAGAACCCAAAGAGGCAAAGCUCAAAGCUAAAGCUGACGUUAGGUUUUUUGUAUAACCCGUUUUGGACCUUGGAAGCCAUUGAAGCCGAUGAUGAUGCAGAGACUGUACUCUAGACUUCGAUCUAUAGCAGUACAUUCAGCGCAUACUCUUCCUUGUCGCUCUUCAUCUAGUCGUCUGCUCCACUCUUCCGUACUGCUUCACCAACCUCUCCAUUCUCAUUCCACAACAUGGAGCGUUAAGUCCCUUUUCAGUGCCUCUUCGUCAUUGCAACCUUCUCUAGGGUUUAACACCGUUCGUUACUCUCCUCUACCACUUUCUAUUGUACAAGUGCGACAUGUGUCAUCGAGGGAGCGGCGAAAGAGGAGAAAACCGAUGACCCCUGUCACUUCCAAGCUCAAGAAAAUCAAAAUGAAAUCUUACUCGUCGUAUAAGUCCAGGUUCAGGACAAUGAAUGAUGGGAAUAUCCGGCGCUGGAAGGAGGGAAAACGGCACAAUGCGCAUUUGAAGUCAAAGAAAUCAAAGCGUAGGCUUAGACAACCUGCUAUUGUCCCAUUAGCUUAUGCCAAAGUGAUGAAGAAGCUCAACUUUUGUGGUUAAAAAGAUAAACAAACCGGUAGCGUCUGCAGGUGCUUGCUGAUCCCUGGAAUGAUAAAGAGGGAUUCUUUCAACAGUGGUUCUUUGGUUUUAUACAUUUUUUUGGAUGUACUUUGGCUUAAUACUUGCAUUUAAUUGUUCACAUAUUUGUAAUUCUUAGAACAAGCAGGUUAUAAAGCAGCUUUAUGUAGCUGGGCGAAACUAGUAAAAGUGAUAAGCUCUGAUUUUGAUUUUAUCUUUAAUCAAAGUUUCAAAGUUAUCGAUUAAA